AUGGACGAUGCGCAAAAGGACGGCAAGAGCGAAGCUCAUGGGAGGAGGAUGGUUGGCCCAUUCACGUUGCUGGUCGAAAUGCCGAGGCGGCAACGGACAGGGACAGUGCAGGACAUAGAAGGCGAUAUACGUGGAAGGGUUUGGGGAGAGAGGGCAUGCUCGAAUCCCGUACUGACGGAUACCGCGGAUACCGAUGAUAUCAUGUCCGGUAUGGUCCGCUCGGUCUGUAUUGGUACUGUAUUAGACGGUCUCGGCGGUACCGGACACUGGAAGCGCUCUGCCAGUCUAUCGAAACUGGCUGGUUGA